AUGUGUUACCCGGGAAUGCAUAUGUCGGGCGUUCCUCCACCCUUCAUGCCUCCGUUCAUGCAGCCCGGUCAGCCAAACAUGAUGCCCAUGGGUAUGUAUGGUAUGCCUCCCCCCGGAGCAUUACAUAUGCCUCCAACAGGUGCUCCGGGCUUCGGUGGGAUUCCGGGACCUAAUAUGAUGCAUCCUAUGCAAGGAUUAAUGCCUCCAAACACUGGUGGCCAGUUGAGUCUUCAUCCUAGCCUCGGACAGCAAGGAAAUGUAAAACAAGAAGAUAUCUGGGUAGAAAAUUCGACAGCAGAUGGGAAGAAUUAUUAUUAUAAUAUGCGUACAAGAGAAACAAGGUGGGAUCGACCCGAAGGUGUCACAGUUGUUCGCCAAGGAGAAGUCGAGAAGGACUCGAAUGCAACCGCUACGCAGGCAACAUCCGCUAUUGCUACUCCAGCACAAGCUAACAUUCCAACACCCGUCGCGAUAUCGGCCACGCCUACACCUGUAAAGCCACCGGAAGUUGCUGUCUGGACUGAAUAUAAGAGCGGUGAUGGAAAGGCAUAUUAUCACAACUCGCGAACCGGCGAGACAACAUGGGAAAAGCCGAAAGUGCUAGCCGAUUGGGAAGGUAAGCUGCCAGUCCUCGACAGUUGUCGACCUAGGUUUCCAAUCCCAGUAUUCGUAUUACUAAAUGGUCCUAUUUUGCUAGGUUCUAUCGGAACUUCGAGCACACCGGCGAAAACGCCAGAAACUCCUGCAGUACCAACGCAGAACGCACAAGCUAAGGAUUCAAUAAAGCCCGUGGCGCAGACUGGUUCUGCUACGCAAUCCAGCGUCAGUGAGGUGCCUGCCUCUGAAAAGGAGUCCAACGCUUCAGCCGAGGACCAAGCAAAGAAAAUUAAGGAAGAGGAAGAGAAGGAUGCCAGCCGUCCGAUAUCCAGCACACCGGUCAGUGGCACACCUUGGUGUGUUGUCUGGACGGGUGAUGGCCGAGUGUUCUUCUUUAACCCUAGUCAGCGUUCUAGCGUGUGGGAAACCCCGGAUGAACUUAAGGGCCGUGCUGAUGUUGAGAAACUUCUCGAGAAACCUCCCAGCGAAGCAAAAACGACCGAACCUACCGAAGCUGUAGAGGAGAAAGAAAAUCAGAUCACACAGCAGAAUAAGAUAGAAGCCUCCGCCAAAUCGGAUGAUUCAGACGACCCGCCGUCUAAAAGAAUAAAAUUCUUAGACACUUUACAGUCCUUUCUUAAAGGCCUUGUUGAAAUCCGGAGUUUUUCGCUCACUUCGCGUACAUAUUUUAGAGAAACUGAAGAAGCAUCAGACCAAGCAACCUCCCAAAAGAGCGAGUCAGAGGACGCGGUUGCCAAUGAGAAGCCUACUUCAGGAGACACCGUGGUUACCGACUCUGACAAAUCACAAGGUAAUGAAAGUAUCCCUGUGGGAAUGGAAACUGCCAAAGAGGCCGAGGAGCGUGCUGCCCGCGAACGAGCACUGCUACCACUAGAAGUUCGGAUGAAGCAAUUUCGAGAGAUGCUAAUUGAAAAACAGGUGUCCGCCUUUUCGACUUGGGAAAAGGAACUUCAUAAAAUAGUUUUUGAUCGACGGUACCUCCUACUCGUCAGCAAGGAGAGAAAACAGGCCUUCGAGUCUUUCGUUAAGGAACGUGCCGACGAGGAGCGAAGGGAAAAGAAGAACAAACUGAAGGAGAAAAGGGAAAGGUUUACUGAACUACUCCAGGAGGCGAAUCUCUCCUCCAAGUCUUCGUUCUCGGAUUUCUCUUCGAAAUACGCCAAGGACGAACGGUUCAAGGGCAUUGAAAAAAUGCGAGAGCGUGAAAGCCUGUUCCAAGAAUUCGUAUCAGACUUACGACUUCGCGAAAAAGAGAAGCACAGUCAGAAAGAGAAGGUUAAAAGCGACUUUAUAAGUCUGCUGAAAGAACAAAAACUUUCUCGGCAUUCACACUGGUCCGACAUAAAAAAGAAAAUCGGCUCCGACCCUCGUUACCGUGCUGUCGACUCAUCAAGUCGACGCGAAGACUGGUUCAAGGAGUAUGUUCGUAAACUAGAAGAGGUAUCGUCAACCACCCGUUAUCUUCUUGCAUCCUUUUACUUUGGUUUUUUUUCCAUAUAUUCGAUGAAUUCUAUUUUUGUAAUCGAGAGUUGUGAUAGUCUCAGACCCGGGUCGUUUCCGUUGUGUUAUAAACCAAACUGUAAUUUUUGA